GCGUACAGUAAUGGAUGGGGGUUGGGACGGAUGGAUUGUCUUUGCAUGCAUAUGCGAGGAAGUCAACUUUCUUAAAUGAGUAUGAGCACGGUUACUAUACAGUUUAAAGGAUUGUCAGCUACCUUAGUGUGGCUAUGAACACAAAACUUGGUUGCAUUCGGCGGCAGUUCACGUUGGCGGAUAACGGGAGACCCUCGCAGGCUUGAUUUACUGGGAAUGCUGGAGUGCUUUUCGAGCUAACGUCUCAUUGCAUUCAGAGAAAAAAAGGAUGAAUCUAUUAUUUGUACUGAGGCGUCUGACACAUUCUGGGAAAAUGCGGUGGCUGGGAUGUUAUCGACUGGGGCCCUUGUGGAAAGCACUCCUGGUAUUUGUUGCCAUUGCUUUUGCAGGGCAGUUCCUGGGGGUCAUCUUCAAUAAGAGCUGGAUGCAGCCAGAGAGGCCUCAUUCCUUCUUUGCUCUUCCUUCUGAGAAUUCCCAAGGGCUCUCUCUGGGAUCUUGUCAGCCCCAGACCCACAUCAUGUUCCUAAAGACUCACAAGACAGCCAGCAGCACCAUUCUCAAUCUGCUCUAUCGCUUUGGAGAGGAGCGGGGCCUAAAAUUUGCCCUGCCUGUGGGGUACCAAUUCGGCUACCCACUUCCCUUUAUCGCCCUGAGGGUGAAGGGGUACAGGGGUCCUCACAUAACGGAAUUUGACAUCAUGGGAAACCACAUGCGGUUCAACAAACCAGAGGUUGAGAAGGUCAUGCCAGCUGACACCUUCUAUUUCUCUAUCCUUCGAGAUCCUGUGGCAUUAGCUGAAUCCUCCUACGCCUACUAUAAAAAUGUUGCCCCUGCUUUUAGGCAUGCCAAGGGGCUGGGAGAUUUUGCAGACAACCCCCGUAAGUACUAUGAUCCCAGACUCCGAAACAACCAUUAUGCUCGCAACUUGCUGUGGUUUGACUUUGGUUUGGAUCAUAAUGCCAACUACAGCUCAGCACUGGUCAAGCAUGGUGUGGCAGCAGUACGUCGGAACUUCAAGCUCAUCCUUCUGUCUGAGUAUUUUGACCAGUCUAUGGUGCUGCUCCGUCAUGCUCUCUGCUGGCCACUAGAUGCUGUGGUUUCUUUUAGCCUAAACGCCAGACAGCAAUUGCCCAGUGGAAGGUCAGGCUGGGUGGGUAAGCCUGCACCUCCAGCCCCAUUGGCCUUAACAGAUAAGCAAAGACUGAAAUUACAGGAGUGGAACUCCUUAGAUUGGCACCUCUACCAAGCAUUCAAUAUCACAUUCUGGCAGGAAGUAGAGCGCUUUGGGCAAAGUCAAAUGGAGGCAGAGGUAACCAUGCUCAGGUUGAGACGAGAGGUUCUCGCUCGCGUCUGCUUACGUGAUGGCGGCCGACCUAUAGAGGCCAGUCGCAUCCGGGACAAGACCAUCCGUCCCUUCCAGAGUGGACUAGUGAAGAUCUUAGGUUACGAGCUGCAGCCUGGACUGGACAAUGCAACAUGGGGAGCUUGCCUACGUAUGAUCAGGCCUGAGAUUCAGUACAAAGACUUGCUGGAUCUUUGGCAGUUUCCUCGAGCCCAGAAACCCCCAGGAGCAGACACUAUUCCUGGAGGACUCCCAGUAAGAAGGGAGCCCUCGGUAUUUAGGACUGAAGACCAAAAGGGGAAGAGGUUGGUGGAGAAAGACUGGGAUGGGACAGUGCUGAGGAAUCAAUCAUUAAAGCAGGUUGAAUCAAGAGUAAGGCUUUGAUUUUGAGCUAGUAGCACCUUUUUGCCUCAAGGUCAGGAGGAGUUCUGACCCAUAUUUGGCUGUACAGGGCCACUGUGCUGCACUACUAUGGGUGAAGGGAUAUCCAAGACUUACAACGCACUGCUUUGCCAUUGGCUCUUCCACAUUUUGCCCUUCUCUGCUCUAUUUUAUACAAUACAAGGUUUCAUGGUGAAGAAAAGGUUUAUCUGUACAACUAGGUGACUGAAGUGAUAGUGGUGUUGAUAUUGGGUGAAAGUAAGAAAGUGUGACAUUUGGCUGCUUCUCUGUCCAUCAAGAACCAUGACAUUGAUUUAUGGUAGAAAAACAACAAAGUGGUUCUAUGCAUUGUUUCAAAAAUUCUGUUAAAACCCCACCUUCUAUCUUGCACACAGUACCCUUUGUACUUAAACACUCACAUUGGUGUCCACUUUGGAACCACUAUCCGUUUGAUCAAAGGAAUAACAUAAAAGUAUAUUCAUUUACUGCUUGAAAAAUGUCACACAAGUAGAAUCACAGAUCCUUCACUGUCUUGCACACAACACCAAGGAGGAUUCAAACAGUGGUACUCUUCAUAUUGGCCGUGAAUUUAUUUAAUAUUAAUUUAUAUGCGUAAUUGUUUAACAAGAAUUAAUAGUGUGUGGAUUACACUAGGAAGAGGAAUACUUGGCUUUUUAUGCUGCACAUUCAGUUUCAGAAACUGGGAACUGGUAGAAGUCACGAGAGCAGGCCUGCCAUAGUCAGGUGGUCUGCUAGAACGACUUUUCACAUGGGUCUGUGAGAAAGACAUCUCCAGUUUUUAACACUGUGAAACAAUGAAUACAUUCAUGAAAGACAAAAUGGAUUGUAGAUUUGAAUCUACCAACCUCACUGAUUGGGAAAUACACUUCCUAUUAUAUUAUAUUCACUGGAGAGUUUAAAUGUUUUUAAAAAAAAACAUUUCACAAGUUUGCUGAUUCAUAUAGUGUUGGAGCACAUUAAGGUUAACAUAUUUGGAGUGCUGUCCCUGGGGGGGGGGGACUCGAGCACAGGACUGGGUUUGAGCUUUUUAGACCCCAUGCCCCCGAUAUCUGAUAAAGAGUCAGACUAAAGCAAGAAAUUGAAAGACAAUUUUGUUAAUAAAUAAAUAAUUGGUAUAUCCAUUAUAAAAUAUAAAGGUGGAGAUGGAGAGGUGGAGGGAUGCCAGAAGAAUUAUCGUCGAUGAGGGGGAAGGCUUAAAUGAACAAGCUCUUCCCGAACUUGAAUUAAAACAAAAUUUGAAUAGUUGGCGAAUGUUCAUUGGCAUGGUGUAGACACUUUAAUGUGUCUACCAGGAAACUCAACCUAAAAUUCCAAAAAAAUGUAAUGAUUAUUUUGCCUUACAGUUAGUAGUACAUUGCUGUAUUUAUUAUGCUUUCAUAUAAAUUUGUCUGUAUACCUACGGCAUUUAUACUCUCAAACUAAAGUGUUUUUCUUAUUGUGAGAGCUGAGAAAAAGUUGUACAGAAAUGUGACUGGAAUGCACUGUGCAAAUAGCCCCUUGUAUGAACAGCCAGCUUUUUGUGUGCAAAUUUCUGUGCACAGAGCAAGACGACAUCUUACAUUGCUUAAUUUAUAUGCUUUGGUCUAAUUUAAACAUUAUGUAGGUAUAAAAUAAUAAUAAUAAAAAUAAUAAUAAUUAAAAAAAAAUGUAGGUAUGCUAAUUGUUGUGCGUUUAUUCAUGCACAUCCUUUAUUGUGUAGUUCAGAUUUAUAUGCAUGGUGAUGUAAAGCAAUCAUUCAUUUGUGUAGAUGACAGACAACUUAAUAUUUUGACAUGCAUAGUAAUAUCCCAUGAUUAUAUUAUUGCAAGUUGAGUAACCUGGAAAUUUUAGUAACCUUCAUCUUAAUCAUUGACUUUCAUGCAUUCACUCUAGCUUUUGUGUUUGGAACUCGCAUGCAAUAUUGAUAGAAAUUGCUGGUGGAGUUGUUUGACCAGAUAUGAUUUUAAAACCAAAUUUCAACUUGAUGUAGUGUUUUCUUAACAUUUAAAUUCUAAUAAUACUAUGUAACACAAUGGGGCUACAAGAAAAGAUACUAUGUAAAAGCAAAAUGCUAAAGUUAACACAGUCAUUUUAAUUACAGUGUUCAGUAAAUAAAGAAGCAAAAUUUAGAUUAUUAUAUUUUUAAAAACAAACACUGAUUUUAAAGUGGUCCUUAAUUUGCUUUUGGAAAAUUAAAGGCAAGACAUUAUAAUAAUCCAUUAUGAUAAUACCAUUUGUUCCUUGAAAACUGAUUUUAGCAAUUUUACUGUUUCUAUUAAAAAUAAGUGCUACAGUGCUAGCUAUCAUCGGUGAACAAUGAACAUUUCCUGGAAUUUAAAUUAAGCAUUGCUUUCCUGUUCCACUUGAGGUGUAUCAUACAGAAGCUUUUACUUUUGUUCACUUCAUUUUACAGAACACACUAUAAUCAGAAUCAGUUUAAGACAGGCAAUAUUGUGCUGUAUUUCCUGCAUGUCAUACAAUUCAGGUUCAGUGUCUUCAUGACUCUUUAGUUGUAUUACUUGUGGUACUGCAAUUUAAAGAUAAACCAAAGAGGUACUGAUGUUUCUGUGCUUGGAAUUUUGUUAUAACAAAAACAUUUUUUUUUUUUUAAUUGCAGUGUUUAUUUUAGACAUUGGCUAGUAAAGUAAUCCAGCUGGCACACAAGGGGGCAAACACAGAUUACCUAAUUUGUGUAUCUUUACAGAUAUGAUAUAGUUUACAUAAAAAAAACCAUAUAUAAUCUCAUCUGAUAUUUAAUUACAAGGUGUGCUUUCCAAAUGAAAAGGAUACUUCAAUGCUCUUACAACAGUAUUAACACAGUCUAUAAAUCAGUACGAGCGAACAGGACAAAACAACUCAACAAAAAAAGAUUGAUGUCUAAUCUGCACUUUUGAGGCCAUUUUGUUUACCAAAAGUAAUGUACAAUAUAGUGUUUCAGUUCAGUUUUCUCUGAGAUUUUUCAAAACUUUGUAAUCAGUUUACCAUAUUUACUGUUUCUUUAUUACUUGAAUAUAUGGGGAAACUUGUGUAAAUAUUUGGCAGUAUGGAAAACCUGGUUUGGUUUAUUUGUAUGUAGUAAAAUAAAAGAAAA